UUACGCAUUUUACGCGCGCAGCAGCGGCACGGCACACAGCUGACGGCGGCGAGAUGUCGGCACGUCAAUGAUCCCGCGUCGAGUGAGAGCGACACUCCACGUCUAUUUGUGUUUUUUUUCGCGACCGCGAAACAGCUCCGGGAUACGAGGACGAUGAUACACAGACGCGGGACCGUUCGGCUCUUAUUCGCGUGAGAUGCGCGAAAAUACCGGGGUUCGCACGACGACGACGACGACGGCGCGAUACGAGUAAAUAACGUACAGGGACCGAGUACCCGCCUCGUCGCCGCGAUGCCGCCGAGUCGCCUGGACGCGGUCUACCGGAGCAUCCUGCUCACGAAGUUCUUCACGAAGGGCUGGGGCAAUCCGCAGAAUCUGCGAAGAAUUUUUGAAUUCAGGAAAGUUAUCGCAAAUCGGGAAGCGUGCUACAACAUGAUACCUUUUGACUACCCGAUAGAGAUAACAAAAGAUGAAGUCUGGUCGGACUGUCAUAUAAUCGAGGGUCGAUUCGAAUCGCCAUUUGAGAAGCAUCUUCCAGGGAUAAUGCCAGAUAAGGCCAAGAUGGCUUACUUUCAGAUGGUCUUACCACCCAAAUGGAGCUCUCAUAAGACAAAGCCAAUUUGUUUGCAUCUUGCGGGAACGGGCGAUCACUUUUUUUGGCGACGUAGAAAUCUUAUCGCUAAACCGCUACUCAAGGAAUCUGGAAUUGCGUCGAUACUGUUGGAGAAUCCAUUUUAUGGGCUGAGAAAGCCAGAUGAUCAAAAACGGUCCAGUUUACACAAUGUGUGCGACAUUUUCAUUAUGGGAGGCUGCCUGAUAAUGGAAUCGAUUGUUUUGUUAAACUGGUGCGAACACCAUGGGUUUGGUCCGUUGGCUCUCACUGGAUUGUCGAUGGGUGGACAUAUGGCAUCCUUAGCGGCCACCAACUGGCCGAAGCCAAUCUCACUAGUACCUUGUCUGUCGUGGUCAACUGCUUCGCCCGUAUUUACGGAAGGGGUAAUGAGCGCAUCGAUAAAUUGGGCACUAUUGGAAACGCAAUACUUUUCGGACGAAGUAUAUCAAAAUGAUCUCGCAAAAAUGGUGAAGAUUAUCGAUCACGACGAUGCCUUUUUAGCUGGCCAACAUUUUGCAAAGCACUUUCCUGCGAGCAUGAAGAGGGUAGAUAAAUUGAGAGACGAGUCUACAGAAAGCAACGAAGACAAUAAUACUGCGGGUGAUACUGCAAUUAGUACAAAUUCUGUCGAUAAUCCUAGCAAUAACGUUUCCACCGUACCCAAAAAUAACGGCAGUCAGUUGCAAUAUCAAAUUGCAGAAGAGAAGGCGGCGGCCAAAAUAUUCCCCCUGAAUCUGAUUUCCAACAGAUUCAAAUCGAAGGAUCCCAAUGCUCUCAAAGGCGUUUGCUUGUUGCCAGUGCCGAAGCAUCCGCUGUUUUCAGACAACAAAUGGCGCGAGCACGAGGCGCUGCAAUUUAUGCGCGGCAUAAUGGACGAGUGCACACACCUGAAGAACUUUGAAGUGCCCGUUGACACUGAAUUGAUCAUUGCCGUCUGCGCCAAGAACGACGCUUACGUACCGCGAGAUCAUUGCAUGAGCCUGGAAACGAUAUGGCCGGGAGCUGAGAUUCGUUACAUCGACGCUGGACAUGUCAGCGCGUACCUUCUUCAUCAGAAAGUCUUCAGAUCCACAAUAGCGGAAUGUAUCAAACGAUCUUUGAAGAAGUAUCCUACAGAGGUCAGUUGAUCUCCCGGCAAAUUUGACUACAAAUAUUUCGUACAUUAUUUAGGGAUUGUCUUAAAUUUGAUUAGUCUUGAUUAGAUUAAAUUUGAUAGACGGAAUAUUUUCCGAGUUUGUGAUCGACUAUAUUUUUCUACGCUUAAGGAGGAUCUCUGUGUGCGCACGUGUGAUCUAUUUUAAAAUCUUGGUAAUUGUCUGCUACAAAAGAGUACAAUUGUCCAGUCAAUUUAAUCGAGUAUAAUAAUUGAUGUUUAUCAUUAGCGCAUAUAGUACGAGCUAGUUGCCAAUAAAAAAAAUGUUCCUACAAUAAAACAAUAAUACAUGUGACACAAUAGAUGUGAAGGUUUGACGCACAUGUACAGGAUAUUCCGUUUUAAUUCAAAAGAAUUAAAUUAUAAACACGUAAACUAAGUGGAAAGGAAAAAAAACGUCUCAAACAAAAAUUGCUUGGUUUCAGGAAGACAAAAAAUAGCGAUUUUAACUUGAGCUUGAAUGAUACAUCUUCAAGAUCACACUAAUAGCUGUUAUUUGUUAAAGUGAAACAAUAUAAAUUUUUGUAAUAUACUUGAUAUACUUAAGUAAUAUUCCGUGAUGUUUUGUACAUAUAAAUAUAAAGCUAAUGUCAUCCUUAUAAAAAUAAAUAUUUUAUAGGCAGUAUAUCAAAAUUU